AUGUCACCGAGUAUUCUUGUCCUCGCUUCGAUCGACCGUUUAUUGAUUUCAUCGGCCAAUGUCGAUAUUCGUUUGUACAGUUCAAGUCGUCUGGCAUACUUUUCUCUUAGUAUAACCCUUGUCGUCUGGUGUAUUUACUAUAUUCAUGUUCCUGUCAAAUUCGAUACCUAUCAAAUGAAUCCCGUGAUCUUUCUAUGUAUAUUUGAACUAACAGGACCCUAUCCAGAUUUCUUACAUUAUUCUCAGUUGAUAAUCAAUGUUGUGCUAUUUUUACUUAUGGUCGUGCUGUCGAUAUACUCGUGGAAAAAUGUCUGUCAAAUGAAAUUAGCUCCACCUGAACAACGGCACGUUGUUCGAAAGAUGCACAAGAAGGAUUUCCAAAUGCUUCGCUGUUUAUUUGCAAUGAACGUUAUUCAUGUCAUCGGCGACAGUCUCAUCAUGACGUAUACCAUCUAUAAAGCGUCAACUAGAUUUGAAGUAUUGACAGCUUGGGAACAGAAUCGCAAUGAUUUUAUAUCCAACCUUGGCAUAUUCGUGCAUUUGAUAGCAAAUUGUACCGAUUUUUAUAUCUAUGUUAUUACUUCCAGGUCCUUUCGUCAAGAAUUGAAGCGUUCAUUUUGGAAAAUAGUGAGUCUGAAAGCUGUAGAGGCGCGACACAUAAAUAACGAACAGUUGGAACUACCUAAUGUCAGUGCUGUUUCACUCCCGAAAUGA